UUCAAGUCUUCAGUCUUCGGUCAGCUUUUUUCAAACACGGAGCAGAAAACGCCAGGAGAAAAUGCAAAUGGCGUACCUCGGGCGGACGUCGUGAAUUUGUGCCAGCGAAAAGUUUUCGUCGAAAAGUCCGUUUUGCGCGAUGUAUUAGCGGGAAAAGCGGGUGCGAAUCGCGAGUGCUAGUGACGGGUUCGGCCGGAACGGUGGAGUACGGACUUCCAGUGGCCACGGGCGGAUUUUACGGUGCAGUGCAGUUUUCGGAUUUUUGGCCGCGGGAAAAAUGCCAAUUUUUCGGUGAAAAUUUUUGUUUCGAGAGGAAAAACUUGAGCUUGAAACCGUCCCCGGCGUUGCGACGGGUUGAACGAUUGAUUGGAUAUCAGUGGGGGAAAAAACUGUAGCAGAUUCCCGGAGUGCGGUCCGUUUGGGGGAAGGAAAAUUUUCGCGCUUGAAUCCGCGAAGGAAAAAACUCGCGUCAACUCCGUCGUCGUUUUAGCUGGCCUCUGUUGUCGAAAUUUGAUGAACCAUGAACGACAUCAGCACCAACAAUAAGGAAACGGUCCUGCCCGGCCCAUCCGCCUGGGAGCAGUUAACCAAUCCGGCUCUUGCCGAACAACACCAUCAACAGCAGCAGCAACAGCAACAACAACUUCAACAACAACAGCAACAACAACACUUGCAGCAACAACAGCAGCUCCAUCAUCAACAACAACAACAUCAGCAACAUCAACAGCAGCAGCAGCAUGUGCCACCUCCCCAACACCAUCCCCACCCUCACCCGCACCCCCAUCCUCACCUCCAACACCCGGGAAUGCAUCCCCAUCCGGGCGUCGGCCACCAUCCCCAAGGGCAGGGACCACCGGCGUUGCAAAUCCACCAUCACCCACUUCCACCCCAAAUGCAGCAGCAAAUGCAGGCCACGAGUCCAACGACCACGGCGGCCCCUCCGAUGACCCCGACCAAGUCGACUCCACCGGACAUGUCCCACACGCCGCAGAGCGCGCCAAAUCAGACGCCCGGUCCGAGCUAUGCCGAAGAGUUGCACCCGGAGCUGGUGAACCAGGGUUGGCGCAAGUUUUGGUCCAAGCGGGAGGGUCGGCCGUACUUUUGGAACAAACUGACCGGCGAGAGUCUGUGGGAGACGCCGAUGUUGAAUCGGGGAGGCGGUGCCGGCGGGGGUGGUCAGCAGGGUUUUGAUCCGUUGACGGAUCCGUUGGGCAUUUGUCACUCGGGCGGGACGGGGAAUGGUCCGGCUGGGCCGCCACCACCGCCGCAGCAUAACAGUAACGCGCUGAAGAGGCGGGCCUCGGAGGACACGCAGAACCAUCAUGGGCAGGGCCAGGGCGGAACGGGAGCGCCACCGCCGUUGAAGAAGUACGUGUUGCCUGGGCCGUGGGACUUGGAGAUUCCGACGAACGUGGUGAUGUACGAUCGCAUUCCGACGAUGCACCCGCAUCCGUACCCGGAGGUUGAGGCUAUGCGCGGGUUGUUUACGGUGCGGUUGUUCAAGACGUACGAGGAUCUCUGCACGAAGCGCGAGUCGAUCAAUCCGCCGGCUGGGUCGUUCAAUCGGUGGCUGAUGGAGCGCAAGAUUAUCGAUCGCGGGCUGGAUCCGAUGCUGCCGAGUGCGUGUGCGCCGGAGAUUUCGCAGCAGAUGUACAGGGAAAUUAUACGGGACAUUCCGAUCAAGAUCGUCAAGCCAAAGUUCACGGGCGACGCGCGGAAGCAACUCUCGCGGUACUGCGACGCGGCCAAGAAGAUAGUCGAGCGGCGGUCCGCGUCCGUGGAGAGCAAAAAGAUCGUCAAGUGGAACGCCGAAGAGACGUACGAGUGGCUGCGGAAGACGGUCGGGGCGAGCUACGAGGACUUUCAGGACCGGCUGUCGCACCUCCGGCGGCAGUGUGAACCGCACAUCGUAGCGACGGUCCAGAACAGCGUCGAGCAGCUCUGCACCAAGAUCUACCACCUUUCGGCGCAGCACGUCAAAACGACCCGCGAUCGGCACGGCCAGAUCCUGAAGGAGAGCGGCAUCCAGGAGUUGACGCAGCCGUUGGCCGCUCCACUCGCGCGGAAGGUUUGGUGCUACCCGGUCCAGUUUGCCAUUCCGUCGCCGCGGAUGCCCCAGAUCGAUUACAACACCGACCGGGACCACAUGACGAUCAAGUACACGCACGCGUCGCUGCCGGGGCCGGACACGCACACGAUCAACAGUUCGCACCUGCAAAAGUUGGAACAACUGUACCGCUACAACUGCUUCGACGACAAAAAGUUUGACUUUUUCAUCGGGCGCGUGUACUGCAUGCUGAAGCGCUACUCGAGCUUCCUGUACGGCGCGGCCAGUCCCAACCAGCAGGAACCGGAACUGACACAGUCGGCGCUGCCGGCGGUGGUCUUCGAGUGUCUACAUCAGCACUUUGGCGUGACGUUCGAGUGCUUCGCGAGCCCACUGAACUGCUACUUCCGGCAGUACUGUUCGGCGUUUGGCGACGCGGACUCGUACUUUGGGUCGCGCGGGUCGUUUCUGGAGUUUCGCCCCGUGUCCGGGUCGUUCCAGGUGAAUCCGCCGUACUGCGAGGAGCUGAUUGACGCCACGCUGCAGCACAUUGACCGGUUGCUGACGGAUUCGACCGAGCCGUUGAGCUUCAUCGUGUUUCUGCAAGAGUGGAAGGAACCGGCGCUGCAGUGCCUCUCCAAGAUCGAGGACAGCCACUUUAAGCGGAAGCAGGUCGUCGUGAUGGGGAUGGAGCACGAGUACCGGCACGGGCUGCAGCACUGCAUUCCGAAAUCGGACGUCAACUUCAAGAGCAUCCACGGCACGAUGGUCGUGUGGCUGCAGAACAACGCCGGCUUUCAGCGCUGGGGACCGACGGAAGCGCGGGUGGACGCCCUCCUCGAAGCGUUCCGACCGGGGCGGGAGCGCGAACGGGACAAGGUGGUGCCGGUGAGCAGUGGAGGGGGCGCAGGAUCGACUCCCGCCCCAGGAGCCGGUGGCAGUACGCCGGCCUCGGUGGGAAGUCCGCCGGAGGCACCGGGAAGUGUCGGGGAGCACGCGCCUGGUUCGACGACGCCCAAAACGCCGACCACGCCGACGAUUUAAGAGGGGGAGGAAGGGAAGGAGAAACGCGCAUUCGUUAUUCAAAACACAAACACACAAAAGAGAAAGAAUUAGCAAUAGUAGAGGGUCA